AUGACUAGCAUAAUGGGUAGCAUGGCAGUGGGGCAGCAUGGCAGUGGAGCAGCAUGGCAGUGGAGCAGCAUGGCAGUGGGGCAGCAUGGCAGUGGGGCAGCAUGGCAGUGGGGCAGCAUGGCAGUGGAGCAGCAUGGCAGUGGAGCAGCAUGGCAGUGGAGCAGCAUGGCAGUGGAGCAGCAUGGCAGUGGGGCAGCAUGGCAGUGGAGCAGCAUGGCAGUGGAGCAGCAUGGCAGUGGGGCAGCAUGGCAGUGGGGCAGCAUGGCAGUGGGGCAGCAUGGCAGUGGGGCAGCAUGGCAGUGGAGCAGCAUGGCAGUGGAGCGGCAUGGCAGUGGGGCAGCAUGGCAGUGGGGCAGCAUGGCAGUGGGGCAGCAUGGCAGUGGAGCAGCAUGGCAGUGGAGCAGCAUGGCAGUGGAGCAGCAUGGCAGUGGGGCAGCAAGGCAGUGGGGCAGCAUGGCAGUGGGGCAGCAUGGCAGUGGGGCAGCAUGGCAGUGGGGCAGCAUGGCAGUGGGGCAGCAUGGCAGUGGAGCAGCAUGGCAGUGGAGCAGCAUGGCAGUGGGGCAGCAUGGCAGUGGGGCAGCAUGGCAGUGGGGCAGCAUGGCAGUGGAGCAGCAUGGCAGUGGAGCAGCAUGGCAGUGGAGCGGCAUGGCAGUGGGGCAGCAAGGCAGUGGGGCAGCAUGGCAGUGGGGCAGCAUGGCAGUGGAGCAGCAUGGCAGUGGAGCAGCAUGGCAGUGGGGCGGCAUGGCAGUGGGGCAGCAUGGCAGUGGGGCAGCAUGGCAGUGGGGGAGCGUGGCAGUGGGGCAGCACCAACAGCAGAUCGUUUAA